CAGAUCAAGAAGCUUGAAGCCGAUCUGUCUGACAAGACGAACCUGAACAACAUUGUCACCAUUCUCGAAUUCACCCACGAUGAGGAUGCACAGACAGCCCACGCAGCUAUCCACGCCCUCCACCGUGUUUUCACAAAGUUACUGAUGAAUGGCGACCUCAAGAAACCAAAGACACAAGACACCUCACCUAAAGCCAAGGUCUCAUUGUGGUUGCGUGAGCAGUACAUCGAAUAUCUCAACCAUGUUCGCUCGCUUAUUUCCAACGAAGAACCUGGACUUCAGGUCCCAGCUCUCAAUAUCCUCAUGAGCUUGUUGAGAACAGAAUCCGAAUUUGCAUUUAUGGAAUCAAACCAAUACUCAUUCCCCAACAGCUUCUAUGGUCUUCUUGUCGACGCUAUCAUCAGAAACCCAAACUUCAGUCGUCCUCUUUUCGCUGCCUUUGUGGAUAAAUAUGUCAAUGUAUACGAUGAUCUCAGACACUACUUUUACAAGGAUGCUGCUGAGAUUAUGGAGGCUGAAUUGAAAAAGACCGAAAAGCAAACACCAACCAAGAAGAAGUUAAAGGGACCUUCUACCGAUGAACAGGCAAUCAUGGCACAGAAUGUAUUCAGCAUUUUGGACGCCAUCAAAUCCAUGCCAACCGAAGAAUCCGAAAUCGAUGAAUUCUGGACCCAGAAUCCCGAAGGAGAAAAGGAGGAUAAGGAUGAAAGAAAGGCAAAACAUCCUCUUUUACAACUCAAGGUUCACAAGCGUAGUUUCUCCCUCUGCUGGAUUGCGAUGCUCAAAUUGCCACUUACAGAGGAGAUCUACAAAAAGACACUUUUGGUUCUUCACAAGCGAGUACUGCCGCACAUGGCUGAACCCAAGAUGUUGAUGGACUUUUUGACCGAUUCUUACAACCAAGGUGGCUCUAUCAGUUUACUUGCUCUCAAUGGUCUAUUUACCUUGAUUACAGAACACAACUUGGAUUACCCUGAUUUCUACCAAAAGCUGUACAACCUGUUGGAUCGUGAUAUUCUCCAUGUCAAAUACCGCUCUCGAUUCUUCCGUUUACUAGACAUUUUCUUGGCUUCUGCUUACCUUCCUGCUGGCUUGAUUGCAUCCUUCAUCAAACGUUUGGCACGGUUAUCACUUACCGCACCACCUGCAGCCAGUGUGAUCGUCAUUCCAUUCAUCUACAAUCUUCUCCAACGCCAUCCUAUCUGCAUGAAGCUCAUCCAUACCAACUCAGCAGUUGGAGAACGUGAGGAUCCUUUUGUGUACGAAGAAAAGAGUCCCUAUGAGUGCAAAGCGCUUGAAUCAUCGCUUUGGGAAAUGGAUACUUUGGCAGAGCACUACUAUGCAAAUGUAUCAACAUUAGCAAAGAUAUUCAAAGAACAAUUUAGAAAGCCAAAGUACAACAUGGAAGACUUUUUGGAUCACACAUAUGCUACAGUAAGUGAAAUAUGA